UGAGUAAUUGAACCUUUCUCUCGAAAUCAACGGAUGCAGGACCACUUUGUGGUUCAAAACACACCACAAGCUACGUCUAUUUCGCCUCAUACACCUUCACUCUACUACAUCCAAUAUAUAUGCUACUUUUCCUUGAUCUUGUUAAUUUGCUCACAAUCAUUUACCCAUUUGGUAUCCUCUUAUCUUUGUGUCAGAUAAACCACAGUAAUAGAAACUCAUGGGUGAGAAGAUUAAGAUUGGCAUCAAUGGGUUUGGAAGAAUUGGACGGUUGGUUGCUAGGGUGGCAUUGCAGAGAGAUGACGUGGAGCUUGUUGCUGUUAAUGAUCCUUUCAUCACAACUGAUUACAUGACUUACAUGUUCAAGUAUGACACUGUUCAUGGACGUUGGAAAAACCAUGAAAUCAAAGUUAAGGACAGCAAAACCCUUCUUUUUGGUAAUAGCCCGGUCACUGUUUUUGGUGCCAGGAACCCGGAAGAAAUUCCUUGGGGUGAGGCUGGAGCUGAAUAUGUUGUCGAGUCCACUGGAGUCUUCACCGAUAAAGACAAGGCAGCUGCCCACUUGAAGGGUGGGGCGAAGAAGGUGAUUAUCUCUGCUCCUAGCAAGGACGCCCCAAUGUUUGUUGUUGGUGUCAAUGAGAAGGAGUAUAAGUCAGAUAUUGACAUUGUUUCUAAUGCUAGCUGCACAACAAACUGUCUUGCUCCUCUAGCAAAGGUAAUAAAUGACAAAUUUGGUAUUGUUGAAGGUCUCAUGAGCACUAUUCACUCUAUGACCGCCACUCAAAAGACUGUUGAUGGACCAUCAAAUAAGGACUGGAGAGGUGGAAGAGCUGCUUCUGUGAACAUCAUUCCUAGUAGUACUGGAGCUGCUAAGGCUGUUGGUAAGGUGCUGCCAGAACUAAACAAUAAGUUGACAGGAAUGUCUUUUAGAGUUCCCACAGUAGAUGUUUCAGUGGUUGACCUCACAGUCAGAAUUGAAAAGGGAGCAAGUUAUGAUGAAAUUAAAGCUGCUAUCAAGGAGGAAUCUGAAGGAAGUUUGAAGGGGAUCCUUGGUUACACAGAGGAUGAUGUUGUGUCCACCGAUUUUGUGGGUGACUGCAGGUCAAGCAUUUUCGAUGCAAAGGCUGGAAUUUCACUGAAUAACAAUUUUGUGAAACUUGUCUCUUGGUAUGACAAUGAAUGGGGAUACAGUUCACGCGUAGUUGACUUGAUCCGACACAUGGCUUCAGUCCAAUGAGCUGGGAGGAAUUUGGUCAAAAACUCAGGACUUGAUGCUUCUAUCUUACAGAUAAGAAUUCAGCAAAGUAGAUUUUGGAAUAAUUUUGCCUCUGAUAAAUGAGCUGCAAGGGGUUUUCUCCAAAUCUCAUGUCUGAAGCUUCUGUAUUUUGAACUAGCAUUCAGCUUGUUACUCUACAUUUAUAAAGUAGUAUUUGGACUAAUCCUUACUUUUUGGAUGUAGUAAAAUACAAGUGAUGCCCCCCAAGGCACCCCUAUUUCAGAUUAAUUCUGCUAUUAGAUUUCCUCUUGCCAAGGAUAUCGCAUCAAAUAUUAAGUUAUACAACUUAUUUAUUGACAUUAGAUUGUGAGAGAUAUGUUUCAUAGUUAU